AGGCGAGGAAAUGAAUUUGGAAUAUGCUCUGCUGCAGAAAGCUAUUAAAUUACAGGAAAAGGAAGUUCUGUUGAAAAAUAAAGAAAAAAUGAUGGAAAAAUGGAUACGGGAUAACUUUCCAAAACGAUCGAUAAAUUAUUCCAAAUAUGAUAACAAUGACAGAAAUAACAUCAAGAAUUCUAGAAUUCCUAGUCCUACCACAGUGUAUGAGGUAAAGAAUGAACCCCCUUAUCCAUUCAUUCUUCCUACAAGAGAAUUAUUCCACAGCCCUAACAUAGAUAAGAAAGGUGGUGGAUUAGGAGACUACAAACAUUUUACUGCAGAACUCUAUCAGCAGCAUGAUAUUGCCUUUAAUAACAACAAUGAAGAAAACUUGAAAAAAUUGGAAGAUUAUCAUAAAUAUUUGGACAGUUUGACUCAUCAACAAGGGGAAGAAGUAUACAUAACUGAAGUAAAUAAGCCGAAUCACAACAACUAUCCUAUAUUCUCAUCGUAUUAUGACAGUAAGCCAUCAGUUGACAAUAGUAAAAACUAUUUCCAUAAGGCACAUACAUCGCAUAUUCAGGAGCCAUUUAAGCAUGGGGACAUUGAUAUAAAAGAAAAACACAAGGCUGCAAUAUGGAAAGAUAUUAGUCAUAUUUUAACGGCUUUAGUGCCCAUAGGAAUAUUAAUUUCAGCGCUGAAACCAAACGUACUACGGGUUGACUCAAAUUCGACUAAUAUGAGACCUACUAUAAUGCCCACAAUGAUGCCACUGCGAUACAGAUAUAUUGAACAGUUCGUCAAUAGUUUCAAAAAUGAAAAUUUCGAAAAAGAUUUUACAAAAUCUUUCAAAAAUAAAUCUGCGUGCGAGUUGUAUGAGCUCUGUAUCUUGGCCACAAGCGAUUCUGAUACCAAAUUUGAUGACGGCCAAAAAAUAAUUUACAGACAAUUGCUCAGGGCUGUGAAAAGUACUCCUGUACAGACUUUAGAGAUGUUGGGUCUAAAAGAACUUUUCGAUAACAUCAAAAACAACAGUUGUAAUAGGUACCAGUGCAAUCAGUAUCAGAUAAAUAAGAAUUAA